AUGGCAAACAACAUUGAAGAUUUCUCCCAAUUCGGAAUUUCAAAAGAGGAAAAGGAUAAGCUUGUAGGAGAAGUUAUCCGUUAUAUGCUUUUCAAGACUCAUCAGAACUCGGGGUGUCCAAUUAAGAGAGAUGAACUCACUCAGCUUGUUACCAAGAAUUAUCAUCAGAGGAAUCUUCCUACUUUUGUCAUCAAUGAGGCUAAGGACAAGCUUUCCGCCGUAUUUGGUUAUCAAAUGAAAUUGCUUUCGAGGUCUGUCCCGUCAUCUAAAGCGCAGACCCGUGCUUCACAAAGUGGUGCGGACGCGAAAUCAUAUAUACUCAUUAGCCAACUUCCUUCUGAUUUAUAUGAAAAAUAUGUUGUGGAUCCAAAUACAGCAUACAUGUCUGGUUUCACGUUUGUCAUAAUUAGUAUUGUACAUCUUGCUGGUGGCAAAAUUCCAGAAGACAGUCUAUGGAGCCAGUUAAAUAGGAUGAGUUUGAAUGAUAAUGAUGCAAAUCAUCCUGUUCUUGGAAACAUUAAGCAAGCCUUGGAACUUCUUGUUCAGCAAAGGUAUUUACAGAAGGACAAAGUUCAUGGUCCUGAAGGCAAUACCAUAUAUUAUGAGCUUGCCGAGAGAGCUUUAGAUGGACCCAUCAACAAUAAGGUCAAGGAAUAUAUAUCUCAGAUUAUGAGGGACGCUGCCUAA